UUGCCCUAUAUUUAAUCUCGUAUUUCUCCUUGGCUUUGGGUAACUAAUUUCUUAAAACAAACUCUUGUGACUUUUGCGGAGAAGAUACAAACAUUCUAGAAUUUUACGACGUGUUCAACCAGCUGCCACAACCUUCUUCAUCAAUGGCGUCUUCUUCUUCAACCACUUCCCAAACCCCCAAUACAGCAGAGCUUGAUGUUCCUCUUCACUCUUUAGGUUUCCAAUUCGACGCCUUGUCUCCUUUCUCUGUUUCCGGCCACAUUUUAGUCACCCCUAAAUGCUGUCAGCCGUUCAAAGUGUUGCAUGGUGGAGUAUCGGCGUUAAUAGCGGAGGGACUAGCAAGCAUUGGCGCGUAUUUAGCAAGUGAUAUGAAAAGAGUGGCAGGAAUUAAUUUGAGUAUCGACCAUGUAAAGAGCGCUCCUAUUGGUGAUCUUGUUGUUGCUGAGGCCACUCCUCUAAGUUGUGGUCGAACUAUUCAGGUGUGGGAGGUGACAUUAUGGAAGGCCGAUCCGAGUAGCAUGAAAAGAGAACACCUAAUAUCGUCAUCUAGGGUCACUCUCGUCUGCAAUCUCCAUGUUCCGGAGCAUAUGAAGGAUGUUUCUCGACCUUUUCGCAAAUAUGCAAAAUUAUAAUUCGUUCACAUUGCAAAAAGCAGGUGAAUUUUGCUCUUUUAUUGAUGCAUUCUUAUAUCAUAGUCACACGAUAAAACAGUUCGACCGAGAAAUGCCUUCCGUAAAGGAGUCUUGAUAACAAUAAGAGCACAAAUAGAGGUAGAAAAAACACACGUACACAUACUAUUAUGUUUUCAACAUGCAUAAGAUGAAGCAAUCUUUGAGUAACUUAUAUUUUGUCUUUCUUUUUCCAUUUUUUCUUUGUGGGUAGAAACUUUGGCGUAUAUAUUUGAGUUUCAAUAAUUUAAUAAUAAUUCAAACUUGUAGAAAAAGCUAUUUUUGGUUAUAUUUUAUGUAUGAGUGAUAAUGAAAGAUUAUGUUUAUGGGUUGUAAUGAACUUACCUUUGAU